AUGACAGGAGGCCUAAUAGCAGCUGGUUUGGGUCUUGCCGCAGUUGGAUUCGGUGCUCGAUACGUGUUGCGGAAUCAAGCAUUGAUUAAAAAGGGAAUGGAAGCAUUGCCAGUUGCCGGAGGACUGAACAGUUAUUAUCGAGGAGGAUUCGAUCAGAAGAUGUCGAGAAGUGAAGCAGCUAAAAUCCUCGGAAUUACGCCGUCAGCCAAGCCAGCGAAAAUUAAAGAUGCACACAAAAAAGUGAUGAUUGUGAAUCAUCCAGAUAGAGGAGGAUCUCCAUAUUUGGCCGCUAAAAUCAACGAAGCUAAAGACUUGAUGGAGUCAACGAAAAGCUAA